UUUUCAGAAUAUUGUCUUUCAGAAGAGAAUUAGUUUGUUUUUUUCAAGCUGUUGGAAGUAAAAACAUUUUUGUGUGAAGCUGAAUUGUGUGUGUUUGUCAGGAUGACACCGACCAGAGUUUCUCCUCUGUUGCUGUUUUUUCUUGUUUCUCACUCCGUCACGACAGACGAGUUUCUUGGACCAAUCGAGUGUCUUGAAAGAAAAUUUACCCGUGAAUCAUGUGACCUGGUGUUUUGUCGUCCGUGGGAGUAUUGCGUAGACGGACGGUGCUCCUGUAAACCGGCCUACCUGUGUCCUGCAGAGGGCGUGGCCUCGGUCUGUGGCCAUGACAACAGGCAGCUCCGAUCCUAUUGCCAGGCGAUGGCUGUUUCCUGUCAGACCCAUAGAACCAUCAUGUCCCACUUUGGAGAAACCUGCUCAGCCGAUCAACCAAAGUUCAGAGGUUCAGUAGAGAGCGGCACCGGAGUGGUCCAGCUCUUUGUCCCUGACACUGGGAGCACUGGUGGAGGUGGCCAGGAGCUACUGGUGUGCCCGGAGCUGUGGGACAUGUCUGCUGCCAACGUGGCCUGCAAGGCGAACGGACAUCCACUUGGUGCCUCGUCUUCCGGUACCGUGUCACAUGCUUCCCUCCCACAGCGGUCGCCGGGCAAAUGUGUGAGUGUCCGUUGCCAAGGUUACGAGAACUCACUGGCCGAAUGUGUGAUCUAUGACAAGACAGCCAUUGACAGCGGGGACGUCGCCACGGCAACCUGUGUCCAGCCACCAGGUGAGCAGUGUGAGUUCCGGUGUGUGAACAGGAAGUGUGUGUCUCUCGGUCAGACCUGUGACGGAGUGGACGACUGUGGCGACCGCAGUGACGAGAUGUGCUGCCAGAAAUGCAGAGACGGAGCUUUCCGCUGCAGCUCAGGUGUUUGUCUGCAUGGAGAGUCAGUCGGUGACGGACAGAUCGACUGUCUGGACGGAGAGGACGAGUCAGAGAAACACACAAAGACGUCCCUCCCUCUUCUCAAGAACACAGAGUACAUCUCUCCUAAAAGUGAAAUGAAAGACACCAGAGUUCAGCUGGAGUCCAGGUUGAACUGUGGGAUUCCUAAUAGAAGCAGAGUGGACGACGGACACGAAGUGGAACGAGGAACCAUCGGUCGCUUCAAGAGAGUGGUGGGAGGAACUCCGACAUACCCGACUCAGAUCCAGUGGCAGGCCGCGAUAUCGAUGAAAAGGUUUCACUGUGGAGGAGCUUUUAUCGGAGGCUGCUGGGUAAUCACUGUUGCCCACUGCUUCGGCCGCAUCAACCAAAAGCCUGACAUGUCUUCAAUUGUGGUGAGCUUUUCUCUGUGGAAGAGGGCCAUGCCUCAGGGCUCUACAGAUAUUGCUCCUGUCCAUGAUGUCCACAUCCACCCCAAGUACAACCCCGACACCCUCGAGAAUGACAUCGCCCUGGUGCAGCUUGAGAAACUUCCAUUCCAGGAAGAGUGUUUGCAGGACAACCCUGUAAUCACUCCCGUCUGCGUUCCCUGGACCACCAGGCUCUUCAAUCCCAACCACACCUGCACCGUCUCUGGAUGGGGAGAACCUAUAGCAGGUGGUAGAAUGUCCCAGGUCUUACAGUGGGCCAGCAUGUCCCUCAUUGAAGACUGUCAUAGGUUCCACAAUGACAGCAUUAAACCCGGCAUGAUCUGUGCAGAUGAUCAGGACGGCAGAGCUGGAGCCUGUGAGGGGGAUAACGGAGGUCCUCUGGUGUGUGAGGAUGAACUCGGUGUUUCUUACCUGUGGGGCGUCGUCAGCUGGGGGAAGGGGUGUGGCCAACCAGGAUCUCCAGAUGUUUAUACACAGGUCGCUCACUACUUUGAGUGGAUCAGGCUACAUACAGGAUGGAGUGCUGUGACUAAGUUCAACGCCUAAUAACAAUCAAACAGCCCACCACAAAAGGAUUCAAUUAUAUUGGCUACAACUUUGUACUGACAUACAAUUCUAACUUUAUUUAAUUUUUAGAAUCAUACAUUUGUUCCUGUCAAAAGUAAAAAAAGCAAUUAAAUCAAUCAUAAUUUAUCAUCAGCUCUGUCUGCUGUAUGUAAAACUAUUUAUGUACAGUUAAUACAAUAUUUGUUAUAUUUCUGCAAUAAUAAAACUUGGUUCGUACCUGCUUCAUUACAAA